GAUUUAACGCAGGGCGACUAAUCUCUGUUUAUGCACCAGCUAUAGGAUUGUGUCGCAGCGUGUGCGGUGCUGACGGAGCAUCUGUUGGAAUACAAGUGCAUUCUGUAAACCACCUCCAUCUUUGUCCCCUGUCGCCCAGGAGCCAUCAGACGGAGCAACUAAACGUGUAAAUGGAGUUUCAAUCGUUGUCGUGACUGUCCUUCACCGCCUCUCACCCUGCAGAAGACUGCGUUGAAGUUGCAGCAGCAUCCACACCACCGCGGCUCUCUCCUGUUGCAGACAUGGGUACCGUCCUCUCUAUAUCUCCUGCGACGAAGAAGGCGUCUAUUAUGGACGCCGAGCUCGCAGCAGGAGAUGGACACAAAAAUGACAAGAGCCUCAAGCGGCACUCGAUGUUCGUCUCUCUCUCCUGGAAGAAGCUGGUGUCCAAUUCGGCCAAGAAGAGUGCCAAGAAAGUGACCCCGAACCCGCUUCCCGCCCGCGAGCUCCCGUCAACCCAGGUGGCGCAGCUCAACAGCGAAAACAUCAGGAAGACGCACAAAACCGAGGAGAAGAAACCCAAAGCGCCCAUCCCGGUCCCGGUGCCCACUGUACCCACGCAAAACAAAGAUGCUAUCGUCCAGAAUGGGAAGCUUUGCACGGUCCAGAAGCAGCCCAGCAACCUGUCUCUGGUGUCACCGAGGCGGAUCAUUAUCCAGGCUUCAACCGGGGAGCUGCUUCGCUGUUUGGGGGACUUCAUGUGCCGCAGGUGUUUUAAACUGAAAGAGCUAAACAGCGGAGAGGUGAUCCUCUGGUUCCGAAAUAUCGAUCGGACUCUUUUGCUGCAGGGCUGGCAGGAUCAAGGCUUCAUCACGCCGGCUAACGUGGUGUUUGUGUACCUGCUGUGCGAGGACACGAUAGAGGACAGCAUCGGCAGCCCGGCCGAGCUGCAGGGCACCUUUCAGACUUGCCUGUACCUCGCCUAUUCCUACAUGGGCAACGAGAUCUCCUACCCGCUCAAGCCGUUCAUGAUCGAGUCGAACAAGGAUGUUUUCUGGGAGAUGUCGCUGCGGAUCAUCAACAGGCUGAGUGCCAAAAUGCUGCAGCUGAAUUCAGACCCGCACUUUUUCACUGAGGUCUUCCAGGACCUCAAAAACCAACGAGAUACCGUCGAGGCAAACCUGGACCGCUGACAUGGAAAUAAGACACUGGUGUUUAAAAAAAAAAAAAAGGUCACAUAACGAUGGAUUUGAAUGUAAAGGCCAACGUUGAACGCUUCUCACGUCUGGGCUGAAUAUAAAUGAUGUUACACAACUGUGGUGUUUAGGCUACAGUGUAGGAGAUUUCAUAAAAUGCAUGCCAAUGGUAAUAUCGUCCUCUUUUGUCUUGUACCUUGAGUGACGCAGGGAUUGACUUCGUGGUACAGGUCACAUCAUAAGUGACAUUCAAAUCCGUUUUGUUCAUGAUUAUCCUACUUUAUAGGUAAUAUACAUAUAAAUCCUCACUGCGUGGAUGUCGCAGUGAGGUUGGUGCAGGUUCCAGGCAGGACCAGAAUAGAUCUGUGCUUGUGAGAAGUCGAGAGGCGGAGCUGUCCUAGGUGCUGACCUGUGCAGCCAUUCCUCCGCUCCCUGCUAUUUGAGUCACCUCGCCACUACAGAGCAAAUGCGUGGCUUAAGAGGACAAGAGUCAGCUCAGUACCCUUUCAGCACAUAGGCCUAAGCCUUGUAAGUGGAGGUACACAGCAUAGUGUGCUCUUUUACAUUCUUUAGCAGCUGAUAGGUAAGCUGUUGGACAUGCAACAGAUAUCAGAAGCAUAUUUCUUUAAGGGGACAAAACACAUUAGGGUAUUUAUAAAGACAAUACUAGGGCUGCCAAUAAUGAUUUCUUUCAUUAUCAAUUAAUAUGCCGAAUAUGUUCUCGAUUGAUCGUCUGGUCUAUAACAUGUCAGAGAAUCACAGUCCAAGGUGAUGUCUAGUUUUGUCAAUCAAAACCCGAAAAUAUUAACUUAAAUAUGAUAUAAAUUAUAGAAAAGCAGGAAAUCUCCAUAUUUGAGAGGCUUGUUUUAUUAAAAAAUGUCUUUAAUGAUUGAUCAAUGUCGAUCAUUUUUCUGUUGAUUAGUGGAUUAUAAUCCAUUAGUCGACUAAUCGUUGCAGCUCUAGAUAAGACUAUUUGUGACAGAGGGGAAAAGCUAGAUACUGUAGAAAAGCCCCAUGCUGUGUAUCUUAAUACCUGGUUGGAAUGUGUCUGUUUUCAGCUCUUGUUGUGUGAUUAAACCACCAGUUUCUUUAUAUAAACCACCUUUGCUUUCGAGUUACAAUAACUUGUUUUUGCCUAUCACUUGAUACUGUAAGGAUGUACCUGUAGGUGGGCCGUUGGUUCAAGUUUAAGAUGGGGGUAAGGGGCAGAAAUGUGCAACCAGUGACGGGAGUAUCUUCCUCUUGGAAUGUGAUAAACUGCACUAAAUGGACCCAUAGAUGGCCAUACAGCAAGAUUAUCAACCGAAAGCCUCUAUUGUGUAUUGUUUUUCAAUACAUUGCAGAGGCUAACAUAACUAGAGACUAAAUGGAAUGUACAGUUUUUCAAGAGAUUUUUUUUAAAUCUCAUACGUGCCAACUAUAAAAUACUCUUGGCCUAAAACUAUGUGGUUUACAUGUACAUAUCCAACAUUUUAGGUUUGCUCUUUAUUUCAUUUGUAUCCGCCUGUUUUUGAAGGUGUGUAUGUUGUAGUCCAAGCAUAACAAAAAAUAAAUAAUGGUCAAAUGGUUUUUUUUGCACUGCUCUGUACAUUUGCUGUGGGCCUCAGUUUGCUGGAUUCAGUGCAAUCAGUUCAGUUUCCUCAUAAUGUAAAUAUUGAAUGUGAAGGUCUCAUUUUUAAGCGACUAUCAUUUGCACACAUCCUAGCAGUUUAUUUAAGCUAAACGUGAUUUGACUACAACUCUGAAACAAAGCUUAUAGGGCAACCUUGACAGUUAUUAUUCAGUGUUAUGCUUCUAAGUAAUCAUUGUGAUGUUGUGUUGUGAACCCAUUGCUUGAAAAGUGAAAUAUAAUGCUGCUAUUUUGCACAGCUCUGAACAAAUCUUUGAUGUUUUACACAGUGGUAUAACAUAAUAGUUGUGUACCAGUGUUUCUUGUCGGGCACUGGAGUGUUUGCCAUUAAGUUUGCAGUUAUUGUCACUAAGUCUCGCUCGAUGAUGAUUAUCUGUGAAUUUGAUCUUUUGUACAGUUCAUUUUUCCUAUGUGUCAGCUAUGGAAAGUAAUAUUUAGAUGUGUAUGUUGUCUGUGGUUGCCCCACAGUUGCAUUCACUCUCUCUACAUGUUAUUAAAAAGGUCAAUACAGUAAUUGUUUAUGGUGACCAUGAUGAAAUAAAUCCAAACUUCUGUAGGA